CUCAUUUAUUCCAUUCUCACCCAUUCAAAAUGCCCCUUGCUGCCGCCGCCGCCGCCGCAACCGCCGCCGUAGCUUCCGGCCAAACUGUUUGUGUCACCGGUGCUGGUGGCUUCAUUGCCUCGUGGCUCGUGAAGCUCCUUCUCCAAAAGGGUUACAGCGUUAGAGGCACUGUCAGAAACCCAGAUGAUUCGAAGAAUGCUCAUUUGAAAGAGCUGGAUGGAGCUAAGGAAAGGCUAACGUUGUAUGCUGCUGAUCUUCUUCAUUUUGAGAACCUUAAAGCCGCCAUUAUGGGCUGUGACGGUAUUUUUCAUACUGCAUCACCCGUAACCGAUGACCUUGAAAAGAUGGAUGAAGCAAUAAUUGGAACAAAGAACGUCAUAACGGCGGCGGCCGAGGCCAAAGUCCGACGGGUUGUUUUCACAUCGUCGAUUGGGACCGUGCACAUGAACCCUAAUCAGAACCCGGACAUAGUGGUUGAUGAGUCUUGUUGGAGUGACCUUGACUUUUGCAAAAACACUAAGAACUGGUAUUGCCAUGCAAAGACAAUAGCAGAACAAACAGCAUGGGCAAUGGCAGAAGAAAAAGGGGUUGAUCUAGUGGUGGUGAACCCAAUGCUGGUGCUUGGACCAUUACUACAACAAACAAUAAAUGCAAGUGUAGUUCAUAUAAUGAAGUAUUUGACAGGGUCAGUCAAGACCUAUGUGAAUGCAGUUCAAGGUUAUGUUCAUGUUAAGGAUGUUGCAAAGGUUCACGUUUUGGUUUACGAGACUCCCUCGGCCUUCGGUAGAUAUAUUUGUGCCGAGACCAUGCUUCAUCGCGCAGAAUUGGUUGAAAUUUUGGCUGAUUUGUUUCCCGAGUAUCCCGUUCCUACUAAGUGCUGUGAUGAGAAGAACCCUAAGAAGAAAGCUUACAAAUUUAGUGUAAAAAAGGUUAAAGACUUAGGCAUGGCCGAGUUCAUACCUGUGAAGCAAUGCAUAUAUGAAACUGUGAAGAGUCUUCAAGAGAAGGGUCAUCUUCCACUUCCACUUCCAACUCGACCUCAUCAAUCUAUGUCAUUUUGCUAGUCGACGUCGGCACCAUAGGGAUUCACGAGACACUCGUCGUCGUUGUUCACUUAAUCUUUGUCGUGAGCUGUUAUAGUAGUUGUCCAU